AAACUCCGCGCUGCCAACCAGAUAACGGUAAAACAGGUGCAUGAGGAUGGCCGUUUGUUUAUCCAAAAUAAGUCCACAACAACAUUAACACACAAGGAACCGACAAUGGAAACCGAGCUAAAUCUCGACGAGUCCCUAGACAGCGUUAGUAUGGACGUGGAAGACCGAAUGAUGAAACGUUGUAGAUUUCCUCGAAGGCAAACAGUGCAAUCCAAGAAGUUUUGUGCCAAAGAUGAAAGAAACGCAUCACUAAAAAAGGUGUCUGUAAUCCUCCAGAAAUCCGAGACUGAUCGAACAUUUGAAGAAGCUCAGGUACUGAAUGAAUGCUCUGAAGCCGUCGAAGAAGUGCAGCUGCGGUGGCGCAAACGGGACGAAGCCAAGCGGAGACAGGAGGAGUUCGAGGAGCCCCCGGACGUGCUCAGGCAGAAGUGCCUCAUUCUGGCGCAAGCGAUAGCGCAGGCACAGCAUCUGGUGGUGUACACGGGGGCGGGGAUAAGCACGGCGGCUAAAAUUCCAGACUAUAGAGGACCAAACGGGAUCUGGACCAGGCUCCAGCAAGGGAAAGAUAUCGGAGCCCAUGACUUAUCGCUAGCCCAGCCCACAUACACGCACAUGGCACUGUCCGAACUGUACAAAAAGAAAAUUCUCAAAUAUGUUGUGUCUCAAAACUGUGAUGGGCUCCAUCUUCGCUCCGGUUUACCACGAACAGCUUUAUCGGAACUCCACGGUAACAUGUACGUAGAAGUAUGUAAAAACUGUAAGCCUCACAAAGAAUACUGGCGGUUGUUCGACGUAACCGAAAACACCGCCCGGUAUUCCCACAAAACAUCACGAAAGUGUUACAUCUGUAACGACCCCUUAGUCGACACCAUAGUCCAUUUCGGGGAACGCGGGAGCCUCCAGUGGCCCCUGAACUGGUCCGGCGCUUGCAAAAACGCCGAAACAGCCACAACCAUAAUCUGCCUCGGGUCCAGCUUGAAAGUCCUGAAAAAGUACCCGUGGUUGUGGCGAAUGGACAAACCCGCAAAGAAAAGGCCGAAUUUGUACAUAGUCAAUUUACAGUGGACGCCCAAGGACGACGUCGCCAACGUCAAAAUCCACGGUAAGUGCGACCAAGUCAUGGAGGCCGUCAUGAACCUGCUCGACAUCCCCGUGCCCCCUUACGACAAGCUGAAAGACCCCAUUUUCGCCCACGGGACCCUGCUGUGCGAGGCUGAGCUGCACACCACGACCCAGCCCUGGCUCAAGGUCGACGAUGAGAUUAAAAAAGAAUUUACAGUACAAAGUGAUUUUAAAGACUGUCAGUCCAAUCGUGAUAAUGAUCUCAGUUCGAGUAAUUCGAUAAAAUCAGAGUUCUGUGAUAGUAGUAGUAGCAAUAAAUCGUCACCAAGUCAUUCUGAAACUGCGCCAACCAGUCUUCCGGCGAAAGAACCCGCCAGCUACCCGUUCUCGAUAGACGAAAUCCUGAACGACCGUGUUCGUGAUAAUUCGAUCGUACAACACACGCCAACUAGUAAGUUCGUCGUGACUUCGAGCUACUCGCUUCUAAAUUACGAUAGUCUGAGCACUAAUCUCAUGCAGUGUCAGAUCUUGGGGUCCUACUCAGAUUUCAUUUAUUAUCCGUACCAGACGAGUUUUUUGUACUCGGGCUUGCACAGUAUUAUCAAUCCUGCCCCCGAUUUUGCCAUUUCUGAAGACAAAGCCGAAAAGACAAGUCCGAAACUCGAGCCGUCGUGCGACUUUUGUGAUAAAUAUUAUAAUUCCGUUUCGUGCUUGUUUUAUCCUAAGGUUGAAUCAGUAUUUAUUAAUCCGCGGUAUAGGUUUAGCAAAAUGGAACAGAAAGAGAAGGCCAAUCUUUGCGUGUGUUGUGACUACACAACGGACGAAGACGACGUCGAACCGAACGACGGAAAAGAGCAAGGCAGCGAAAAGGAACUAAAAAUUAAAAUUCAAGCGGGAUGGUUCGGAAAAGGCUGCCGAAAAAGCCGAAGAUGGAAAAGAAAAUAAUUUAUUUCAAUUUGUCAGUAUUAAUGUGUUUUUGUAUUUUUUUACUUAUUUAUUUAUUUGUGUGUUUAUUUGUAAAAUGUGCGCGAAAUAAAUCACUCCAACUUUA